AUGAGCGCGUCGGUAGUCAAUGGGUCGUUCCCAUUGUGGGCAUUACUACCCAAACGGGAAACCACUGCCCAGUCAUUCAUCGAGAAAUACCCGGAUUACGACGGCAGGGGUAUUAAGAUUGCUAUCAUUGACUCGGGAGUGGAUCCCGGAGCUGAUGGCCUACAGCUCACUAGUGAUGGCAAACCAAAGAUCGUAGACAUGAUGGACGCUACCGGUGCCGGCGAUGUCGACACCAGUACUGUUGUUGAGGCCGAUGAACAGGGAUUUAUCACUGGACUCACGGCAACUAAACUCAAAAUACCGGACCAUUGGGUGAACCCUUCUGGCACAUAUCACAUCGGAUUGAAAAAUAUUUAUCAAUUAUAUCCGUGUUAUGUGGGCACCCGUAUGACCCGGGAGUAUAGGGACACCCAAUGGGAACCAACGCAUCAGACUAUUAAAACGGAAACACUGCGAGCGCUCCGGGAGUUUGAGGGCAAACAUGGCGACCCUUCUCGGGAUACAUUUGAUGAGAAACUUUUGAGGGAAGACUUGCAGUCGAGAGUGGAUUUCCUGGAGGACAUGGAGUCUAAUCAUAAAUACCAGGAUUUGGGCCCAACUUAUGAUUCCUCACACGGCACCCACGUGGCCAGCAUAGCGGCAGCUAACUUUCCCACCGACCCCCAUAGGAAUGGUGUGGCACCGGGCGCUCAAAUCGUCAGCAUAUGUUUCGAUGAUAAUCGAUAUGCCCAAGGUUUUGAUUCCAGUUUCGUGAGGGCACUUAUUAAAGUGAUAGAAACGGGAUGUCAUGUCAUUAAUAUGAGCUACGUGAGAACCACUCAAUACUUCGACGACACCGUUUACGACUUUAUGAGCGAAGUGGUCAACAAAUACGGCAUAUUAUUUGUGAUAUGUGCCGGUAAUGAAGGGCCCUCCCUGUCCACCGUAUGGCUAAAUACAGUAUACUCGGCUUCGUUUAUAAGUGUCGGCGCUUAUGUCUCGCCCGAUAUGAUGACAACCGCCUAUUCAAUGACAAAACAAAUACAUGGCUUGAUGUAUGAAUGGACAUCCCGGGGGCCCACGUUACUUGGUGAUUUAGGUGUAACCGUAUGCGCACCGGGAGGUGCUAUAACAUCGGUUGCCGCAUGUGAUCUAAUGAGAGCCGAGUUAGCGAAUGGCACGUCCAUGAGUGCACCCAACUGUGCCGGAUGUCUGUGUCUCUUAUUAUCGGGUCUCCAGGCGUUGAAUAUAGAGUACUCGCCGUAUAGUGUGCGCCGGGCUAUCGAAAACACUGCACUCGUACUGCCAGACUCGGAGCCCUUCACACAUGGACACGGACUGAUCCAGGUUGAGAAAGCGUUUGAACAUUUGACUCGAUUUAAGGGGGCAAUGGAAAUGGACGUCCGUUUUAACGUAACUUGUGGUCAGGGUUUAGGUGUUUAUCUGAGGGAAGCCGUGGAUGUGGUGAACCCAACCCUUUAUGACAUAAAAAUUGAGCCUUUUUUUCUUAAUCACAAACGAAUCGGUAUUUAA